AUUUUAUUAACGUUUAAUGCACUUAAUUGUGUCUUUGCUUUUGCGUUAAUUUAUGUUUUUCCGCUCCGCUCCGCGUGCGUGUGUGUGUUUGUUCCGCCCCUGUCAACGUGAAAACAAAGAGAAAUAUCAAUAAUAGUUAUUUUAUCGCAUGAUUAACCAUUGCUCAGACAAAUGGCUUUAACAAAUGCAGAAAUGCAUUAUAAUUAUUAGCACCAUUGCGUAAAUAUGUUGCGCUUGCGUGUGGCCCCAAAAAUUCGAAUUGAGCGAAAGUAAAGAAGGAGAAGAAGCAGAGAGUGCAGCACACACGGACGCCAGCAGAGGAGGCAGCAGCAGCAGCAGCAGUGGAAGUGCAAGUGCUAGUAGAAGCGGGACGGACGGGACAGCCAAGAAACAAAACGAAGGUCUGAAGCAAGCGACUACCUGGAAAGUAAUAAAAGUAGAAAAGUAAACAAACAGCAAGCGGAGCUUAGACGAAAGGACAGUGCGCAAGCAGGAAACGCAAAUACACGCAAAACACUUUCAAGAGGAAAAGUUCUCUUACACACACACAAAAUCACAGACAAAAUGGAGCUGCGCGUGGGCAACAAGUACCGUUUGGGCAGGAAGAUCGGAUCGGGAUCCUUCGGAGAUAUUUACUUAGGAACCACAAUCAACACUGGCGAGGAGGUGGCGAUCAAGCUGGAGUGCAUCCGCACAAAGCAUCCCCAACUGCACAUAGAAUCGAAGUUCUACAAGACAAUGCAGGGCGGGAUCGGUAUACCACGGAUCAUCUGGUGUGGCAGCGAAGGUGACUACAAUGUCAUGGUGAUGGAGCUGCUCGGCCCCUCGUUGGAGGAUCUAUUCAACUUUUGCUCGCGCCGCUUCUCGCUGAAGACGGUGCUGCUGCUGGCGGAUCAGAUGAUUUCGCGUAUCGACUAUAUACACUCGCGCGACUUCAUCCACCGCGACAUCAAGCCGGACAACUUCCUCAUGGGUCUUGGCAAGAAGGGCAAUUUGGUGUACAUCAUCGACUUUGGCCUGGCCAAGAAGUUCCGCGACGCCCGCUCCCUGAAGCACAUCCCCUAUCGGGAAAACAAGAACCUGACGGGCACCGCCCGCUACGCCUCGAUCAACACACACCUGGGAAUCGAACAGUCGCGCCGCGACGAUCUUGAAUCCUUGGGCUACGUCCUCAUGUACUUCAACCUGGGCGCUUUGCCCUGGCAGGGCCUCAAGGCGGCCAACAAACGCCAGAAGUACGAGCGCAUCUCGGAGAAGAAGCUCUCCACAUCGAUAGUGGUGCUCUGCAAGGGCUUCCCGAGCGAGUUCGUCAACUACUUGAACUUCUGCCGGCAGAUGCACUUUGACCAGCGCCCCGACUACUGCCACUUGCGCAAGCUCUUCCGCAACCUGUUCCACCGGCUGGGCUUCACGUACGAUUAUGUGUUCGACUGGAAUCUGCUGAAGUUCGGCGGGCCUCGCAAUCCCCAGGCGAUCCAGCAGGGCCAGGAUGGCACCGAUGGCCAGGUGGGCCAUGACGCAGUCGCGGCGGCGGCAGCUGUGGCCGCGGCAGCCGCCGCCUCUUCGCACCAACAGCAGCACAAGGUGAACACGGCGCUGGCCACAGCGGGCGGCAGCACGCAACAGCUCCUCGGCACCAGCUCCCAGGGUGGUCAGGCGCUGGCAAUGCUGGGCGGCGGAGGAAAUGGAGGCAGCCAGCUGAUUGGCGGCAACGGAGGGCUCAACAUGGACGACUCGAUGGCGGCCACCAAUUCUUCAAGGCCGCCCUACGACACACCGGAGCGCCGUCCAUCGAUACGGAUGCGCCAGGGUGGCGGUGGUGGUGGUGGCGGAGUCGGCAGCAUCCAGAGCGGCGGUGUGGUGGGCGACGUGCGGAACGCUAAAUAAUAUUUUAUGGUCUAGAUGCAGCGCUGGACACACAGUAGACAAAAAACUCAGCAACUAUACGUGUAGAAUACAUAGUUAUGUAUGCCCUAUAUAUAUACACCGACACACACACACACACAUACCUACACCCCCACACACAUGCUUUAUAUAUGCGGUACCAUGCAGGAGGACCUGGUCCCUGCCCCACAAUCACACCUACACACACACACAUCGAGAGGAAUGGUGGAGAAAGCGUUGGUGGUGAUGAUAUGUAGGAGAGGAGAGGAGCGGAGCGGAGCGAGCGCUUUUCUUAAAUUUUGUACAUUUUCGUUUUGUUGCGGCUUUGACAUGGACUUCCGCUCCCGGAGGAUCGAGAUAGGGCGUGGCAAAGCUUAUUAAUUAAUUACCUAGAUUACGAUUAAUUUAACAUAUAGUUUUAGUGGAUAAAACGAAUGCAACAAUUGGCUGCAAGACAGAAAGGAACGCCAACAUCUUCCAGGCAAAAACAUACUUUGGAGGAGCCUGUAAAGGGGUGAGCAGCGGGAGAAAGAGAGCAGGAGCAAAGAGCUAGCAUUUACCUACAGUACUGUACGUUUACACUGUGCAACACAACACCAAGACCCAAAGCGAAACACGCUUGAAAGAGAGUGCAUUUGUGCCCAAAACUUCCUCUUUGCUCAACAUUUUUGUUUGUUACUUUUUAUUGUUUCCACUCAGACCCCGCGCCCCCACUGAACACUGAACAAACCAUCAAGCAAACGCUGAUUUAUAUUCAAUGAUGAAUAUAUAGAAACGAUAGCAUUAGCCCGAUCAUUGAAACCAGAUUUGAAUGUAAGUGUAAUAUUUGUGUAAAAGAAACAAAGGACACUCCACUCGUCGGGGUGUCCCUAACCUUAGUCUAGAGAUCUAGCGAUAGCGAAACCCUAUGCAAGCAACCCCAACAAAUCCUAGGUUAAGCGCUCCCCCCAGUUACAGAUAAUUUUAUCGUGGCACUGUCAUGUCGAAGAUGAUCCACAGUACGAUAUAUCGAUUAGAGGGUUCUUUAGCUUUAAGCAUCACUCUGAUUUGUAAUGCCCCCAGUCCCACACCCCCACACACCCACAAUAUGUUACCAUAUAUCUGCUACAAACAUAUAUAUAUAUAUAUAUAUACUUAUAUAUGUAUAUCAUGCUAUAUAUGUACCAUUAUAUACUUUUAUGGUCUGCGCUUUCGCUGGAUGUGUUCAUAUAUUUCUCCAUUUAAAACUGUUCAACUGCGCGCAUUUCUCGAGUAGAAGGGAUCCCCCCUAUCGACAGGGAUGCCCCAAGGGAUGUAACUAACAUAGAGAAGAUAUAAAAAGAAACCUAGCGAUAGAGAUACAAAAAAAAACAAACAAACAAACAAAAACAUUUGCAUUAACAUUUCGAGUGGAACCCGUCAGUCGUCGACGGGCACUUAAAUUACAUAACGCUAGCUAAUAAAUUAGCUAUAAUAUGAAAUUUGUCUAUAAGUAAUACCAAACCAUAAAAAAUAAAACAAAAAUGCAAAAAAAAAUGUAUCUUAAUUUCUAAAUGCGCCAAGAGAAAAUGGGUAAAAAUUAUAUAUACUAUACAAUAUAUAUAAAUAUAUGAUAACUAUACGAACUAUAUCUUAUGAGAACACGUAAAACAAAUGUAAAACUCCACGAACUACAGACGACAGACAGCCUCUAGAAAGUAUAAAGAACACACCACAAUCACACCAACAAACACGAAUCGAACAGCAAAACCAUAUAGAAAUCAGAUAUCAGACAGCAAGAAACUUAAAUAAAAAUGCAUUACGUGAUAUUUCUUAUAAAUUGUUUUUAUAUUUUCGAUUUUUCGUUCGUUUUUGUUCAGCAUUCGGCCCCAGACCCAAUGAUUUUUCCAACAACUCGACCAACUAUUAUACACGAGAGAUCAGAUCACCUUUCCCCUAGAUAGAUUCUCCAGUUGGUAUACAACCCGAAUACUUAUUCAGUGUACAUAUGAAAUAUCCAUAAAUAUCCUUAUAAAUAAUUAUAUACUUAUGUGUGAUUUUCCUCCUAGCAUACAAAAGAAUACUAAACAAUUAGCAUUUUAUCGGGGGGACAUAGUGAAGAUGAAGAUUCAAAACUGAAAGCAAAAACUGAUUCAUAAUAAUUAUGAAAAACUAUAGAUGCGAAUAUGAAGAUCGUGUACGAAGAGUCCAUAGAGAAACUAACAAAUUGAAGAUAAAUUACCGAAAAUGCAAAGGGGCAGACGUAAUUUUCAGGAUUUUGUAUAAUUAAAAUGUAUGUGUAUAUUGAAUUGAGAAUAGUACUUUUGAACUAAUAAAUAAUAUAAAA